CACCUAUUGUCAUGAAGCGGGGUCUAGAUCACAUCGCCAAGCCAGAGAGUGGUUCACGCAAGAGUAUCCCGCCUCCGCGAUUGUCAAGCACCCCCAAGAGUGGGUGUGUAACGGCGGACGAGAAAAGCGAUAACGCAGGGACAAAGGAUGAUGCGGGAGAUUCGUCGCCACACGGAAAUGUAACGGGUCCUGCAGAGCCAGAGCCAAAAUGCGCAAGCGCGCUUCGAUGCACGGACGUACCGCAGGAAGCUCUCCACGAUGACUAUCUUUCUGACGAUGAAGAGGCAGUUGAGACGCUGGCUCUGAGCAGACGUGAAGAUCAUGAAAGCUUCGUCAAAUUUCAGCAGCUGGAAACCUUUCUUCAGAGUUUGUACCAGGAGGACGAGCGAAGUCUAUGUGAGGAACCCGUUCUGAAUACCCUUAAAGGAUGGAAAAAGUGCUUCAAGAAGUUUCGUGUGCUGGCUUGUACGAAAGCCGUUCCCGAGCUUGAUUUCGAUUUGAAACAAAAUAGUGUGAUCGGAUUCAUGGGAUACAUAUCUGGCCUGAUGAAUUUGCCGCAGCUGGGUUCGGCUAGCGAAGCCUCCACGCGUGACGCAGCGCGCCCACUUGUAAAAAAGUUGCGGAGUCAUGGAUUGCUCAAUGAUAACGGCAGCAAUUUUCAAGAGGCGGUCUUUGCUCUAUUUCUCAAGCUGUUCCCCAAGGACUUGUCAGGCGCGAUUCAGUUCUUACAUCAAAGGCAAAUGCAGACGCGGAAUCGCCUGUUUGUCGAGGGAGUCGAGGGCACUGAAGGAGACGGACAGGGUGGCUCAGGUGAAGAGGUGUUUCCCGCUCCAGGCGGUCGCGGUUCUAUUGUGUCUUCGUCGGUAUCGUCGCAGAGCACAACCGCAAAUCUCUUUCCGAGUAACAAAAAAGGGCUCGUGAACUUCAAGAGCGAUCGGGAACGCGUUAAGAAUUUUUCGAAGAAAUUGCGUCAGUACAAAGGUUUUGAAGCGUUCGCGCUGCAAGUCUUAGGACUAGAUCGCCCGAACUUCUACCGAGAUGCCUUGAGGCGGCUACUGCCGGAAGUGCAGGCACUGCAGAACAUUCACGAUAAUGUGGGAAGUUGCCCGCGGUGCAGACGGGUACCGGGAAAGAAAAGCGCAUCAGAUGAAUGCCAGGACAGUUAUUGUGUACCAAAGUGCCAAGACCCCUACGGCGAUGGCACUGCGUGGUGGUCGAUUGGUGACCGCUUGUUUGUGGGUUUGAUUGUGCGUCGCUAUCUUGAUAAUUUGCCGCGGCACCUACAUGAUUACCCCAGCUUUUCGGAUGAUGGACCGACGGAAGCGCAGAUAAACCGAUGCCGGGAGCUGCAGCAUGCUGCGGAAUCUGCUCUGCAAUCUUAUGCUAUUCGUUUUUUGAAGAAUGAUUCGGUUGCGCAGAGUAAUGUGCGAAUGAAAAAAAUACCGCUUGAGGACUUGCUCUGGCUGCACUUGCUGAAUGUUUUUGAUUUCGUCGCUUCGGACGCGAAGAAAGUCUUUACAAUGUGGCGCUCGCUCGACGUGGAUGCCCUUGGGAAGGGUGGAGCACACGUCGGCGCACUCUCUAGGCUACACCGCGCGGUCAAUGACCACUCGGUCCAGGGUGUGCGUCAAACACUUGACGCGAUCGCUACUCAAGAACGCAGCAACGACGAUGCAUCUCGCAGGCGCUUCGGUGCUUUGUUGAACUACCGCAGCCACUACGAAGAGAGCGCUCACGAACUCGCAGAAAAGUGGCAGAACUGGUAUGAGAUUGAAGGAGAAUGGACGGGAUGGCGCCAGGCGAUGACUCAGAUUUGCAUUCUUCUGGAAGAAGCGACGGAGAGUGUCAAAAGUUUGGCGACUUUUUUAGCUUGGAGGACGAGGAAUCAAAACCAUGGCAGGAGCACGCUUGGAGGUGCGUGACAUUCAAGAGCAUGUGACGGAAUUGAAGCUUUUCCUUUUCCAGCUCCGAACUUCCUUUUUUCUUCGUACACAAAACUCAGUGCAGAGCAAAAUGAAUUUUUUUGGUCCGUUAACGACCACUAUUUUGCGGCCGAUCCAUGUUUUGCUUAUAUCUUCUAGCACUCGUGAUCCUUAAUCUUCUCGCAGCCCGCUUUUUAUAUCAUCUAGCAACCUGAAUCUUGUUCUUUUCUUUUCUAGCAAGCCGCUUACUUAUAUCUUCCCACAAUUCCCUUAUAUCAUCUGGUAAUUCGCUCAUAUCUUCUCGCCAGUCCCUCAUAUGCGUCACUGGUACAUCUUUCAUGUUGUGAGUUAUCAACUCAUUGCGGUCCACCGUAUUACUCUAACCCAUUCUUAUAUCUUUCCUCUUCUCGUCUAACUCCAUGUGAUAGUGAGUGGAGAUUCAACUGAGCAUGGAUGUAUCCAUGAAUAACAUGUUGAUCAUGAGCGACAACGCCGAGAUUGGGAUGGCGCGUGCUUCAAC